UUUAAACAAGUCUCCUACAAGAUAUCGGGCAGAAUUACAGGAGUUUAAGGGAAGUCGAGCUUCUCCUUUCAAUGCAAACCGUUUCCCCGGAUUGCUCUCUCUUUGGAAAACAGAACAAGGAGCAAGCGAUUCGUAUCACUAUGGUUCUGAAUAGCAGAGCUGGAGAAAACGGUUUGCUAAGCUUGAUUGUCCAAAGAAAACUUAAUUCGGGUCUGCUGUUGCGCUUUUGCAAGCUCGUUCAUGUUUUCUUAUUUAAGACUGGAAGAACCUGCGGAGAUUUCUUUCUCGCUGAGAUUCAAAGGAAGUUCAGAGGAUGAAAAUACUGAAACGUCUCCCUCUUUUAUUGGGGUGCUGGACUGUGCUAUACCUGGAUUUCGUCCCAGCGGCCUUGAGCCCGACUGGGACCGCACACAGUGCAUCUGUGAGCAGGCUAGAAGGUCGCAGGACUGGUGGAAAGGAAGGAGCCCCUCUGUCUAGGGGUCCCGCUAAUUUGAUGGUGGGGAGUCAUGGUUCAGGGACGCGAGCACCCUCGAACGGAGCUCGGAUCACUCGAAUCAGAUCUGGACAGCCACUGAUAAAGGGCGACACGUCCAAGGCGAAAGCCGCGACUGCAGUGACAGCACACGGCGUCCCAGGAGGGGCAAUUCAUUUAGGUAGAAAAGAAGCGGCUCGCUCCUGGGUGCCCGCGGCUGUGGCCGGGGCUGGAGCUGCGGCUCCAAGGACGCAAAUCGCGCUCACUGGCACCAGCUCGCCGCUGGGGAGCAAAACACGGGCAGUCCCCAAAACUGUCACGGUUCCUGCGAGAACUGGGCAACAGCACAAAGCGGGUAGUCGAAAGCAAGGCUCCCCGCUAGCGCAGAGGAGCUCCAAAGCGCUGCCUGGCCAGUCUGCGAGCCCCAGGGACUUCUCCACGCACCCCCUGGUGACGCCCCACGACUACAUGCUGUCCCUGUACUGGACACUGUCCACGGGCGAGGUGAACAGCAGCGCGCUCCAGGAGGCAGGGAUAGCCAACACCAUCACCAGCUUCGUGGACAAGGGCCAAGAUGACCGCCUCCCUCUGUUGAGGAGACAAAAGUACUACUUUAACAUCAGCUCCCUGGAGAAGGAGGGCGUGCUGGGAGCUGAGCUGCGCAUUCUUCGGAAGAGGCCGUCUGACCCAAGGAAGGCUCGAUCAACAGGGGGGCUGUUCACUCUCAAGAUCUUCACCUGUCAGACUGGCAAACAGAAGGCAUCUCUUCUCCACUCUCGCAGCAUUGAGGACCGUGAUGUGCCUAAGUGGGAGGUGUUUGAUAUCUGGAAACUGUUCCGGAACUUCAAGAACGUGGUCCAGCUCUGCUUCGAGCUGGAGGCCUCUGACAGGGGUCGGCCGGUGGACUUGAGGAGCCUGGGGUUCAGCCGGCUCGGCAGGCAGGCCAAGGAGAAAGCUUUCUUCCUGGUCUUCAGCAGGACCAAGAGACGAGACCUGUUUUACAAUGAGAUCAAAGCUAGGUCCGGCCAUGACAACAAGACAGUGUACGAGUACCUGGUCACCCAGAGGAGGAUGAGAAGAGCCCCCGCCUCCCGCGCCAAGAAGCUGACGAAGAACCCCAAGCCGCGCUGCAACAGGAAGCCCCUUCAUGUCAACUUCAAGGAGAUGGGCUGGGAUGACUGGAUUAUUGCCCCGCUGGAGUAUGAGGCCUAUCACUGUGACGGGGUGUGUGACUUCCCCAUUCGCUCCCACCUGGAGCCCACCAACCACGCCAUCAUCCAGACACUCAUGAACUCAAUGGACCCCGACUCCACUCCCCCUACCUGCUGUGUGCCCACCCGACUGAGUCCCAUCAGCAUCCUCUACAUUGACUCUGCCAACAAUGUGGUCUACAAACAGUACGAGGACAUGGUUGUGGAGACGUGUGGCUGCAGGUAGCAACGCCAGCCCUGUCAGGGAACAUGCUCCCUUUCACCCAGGACUCAGAAAGACUGAGAGAAGCGAUUGCUGGCUUGUAGCUGUCGUCAGGGCACCACACCAUGUGUCUUGAGCGCCUUGGAUAGCUUUCAGGAAGUUAAAUAAUUCCAUAAAAAUGAGGGCAUACCAAAGUCAAAAUGUAACCCAAAGUGUUUCAGAAUGUUUCCUUUUGAAUGUGUUUCUCUGGCCCAUCGGGAUAAGCACAGUAACUGGAAUGUUUCAUAUUUCCCAGACCAAGAAGUGGCUGAGUAACUUUGUAUUCUUUUCUGAAUCAGCCGUGUUAGCCUCCUCCUAUUCCUGUGCAGACAAGGACUUUCUGAUACUCUUUUGAACUGAUCAAAUUAAGAAUCUUAAUACCCUAACAGGAAUAACCAUUGGCUGUUGCAACCACACAUGCUUUUGCGGUUACAAUCCUGCAAAUCUGCCCUCAGUCCUUAUGUUGAAAACAGUAGAUAACAGUAUUGUAGAGCAUUGUUAAUACAACAUAUAUUAGAAGAUGUAAACUUCAGAAUUCAAUGUUUAUAUAUUUAUACUUGUUUGAAUGAAAUGAAGUGAUAUUUUAAUACAGAUUACAGACCAUCAUUUUAAUAAAAAGUGUUGUCCUUGUAAAAUUUACAAUGUGAUCAGCUCACCGGUGACAUUCUUGCAAUGCAAAUAUGGAUGAAACUGUUCCUAUGGAAGAUCUCCUGGUCUUCUCACACAGUGUGGACCCUCCUGCUCUGUUUUGUAGGUCAACACUGAUCUGUCUUGUUUGUUUUCUCUGAGCUGCUGUUAAAUAUUGUCUCCCUUCUCAAAAUUGUCAGCUGGUUUCUUUUUUCUUUUUUACAAUGUUACACAACAAGGAAAGAAUAAAAAUAUUGCAGUAGUUGUUAA